UGAGUACGCUAAAAAAAAAAAAAAAAACAUGUUCACAACAAUAGAAACCAACUGGCGGUCCUGGCAAAACGCGAUCGGGGAAAUACAACUGGCCUUAAAUUGUACCACCAACCGCGUGACUAAGUCAAGCCCGUUGGAACUACUAAUCGGUAGAACAGCGAGACCCUACGGCUUAUCCCUACCCGACAAUAUCGAAGAAAGAGAAGUAAAUAUCUCCCAUGUAAGACAGCAGGCGAUAAAGAAUAUAGAAGCAAGCGCCAAAUACGAUAAGGAUAAGUUCGACGAAAACAAAGCUAAAAUAACUAGGUUCAACCUUGGCGAUUUCGUGUUACGCAAAAACGAGGAAAGAAACCAGACGAAGUUAGAUCCGAAAUUCAGGGGUCCGUUCGAGAUAGCAGAGAUUUUGGAAGGAGAUAGGUAUACCUUAAAAACUCUAGACGGAAAACGAUUAUAUAAGGACAGACAUGACAGACUGAGAAAGAUGCCGGAAAGCUGCGUCCCUGCUGAGUUGGACGUCUGCGGUGAUGACGACGACGGUGAUAAUAACGAUGCAAGUACACCGACCUCAGAGGAUCACUAACACCGCGUUGUGGUUGUAGUACAUCUGUAAUAUAUCCACAGUGACGUUUUGCACAUACGCAAUAUAUCCACUGUGAUGUCUCAUAUAUCUGUAAUAUAUCCACAGUGACGUUUUGCACAUACGCAAUAUAUCCACUGUGAUGUCUCAUAUAUCUGUAAUAUAUCCACAGUGACGUUUUGCACAUACGCAAUAUAUCCACAGUGAUGUCUCAUACAUCUGUAAUAUAUCCACAGUGACGUUUUGCACAUACGCAAUAUAUCCACUGUGAUGUCUCAUACAUCUGUAACAUACCCACAGUGAUACACCCAACGCAGUAACAUGAUCCAACAAACUGAGACUCUUCGGUGUACGAAAUCGAAAUGAUCUGUCGUGUCAUUACGGUCUGACUGGCGACUCACAGAACGCACCUAACACUUUGAAUACAAAUUAUAACAUUACAAAUUCCUAUUCUCUUUUACUUUUCCGUUGUCAAACCUCCGAACGAAACUUUGUUAUUGCACUGGACC